AUGGCAUGCAUGUGGCGCAAGAAUGCUUGUGGUGGCAGUGGGAAGAAACCACCGGCUGACGUGCCGCGAGGUCACUUGGCCGUCACGGUGGGAGAAGCAAAGAGGAGGUUUGUGAUAAGGGCUGAUUACCUGAACCAUCCAGUGCUUCAACAACUGCUAGAACAAGCAUAUGAAGGGUAUGGCUUCAACAAGAGUGGUCCUUUGGCUAUACCUUGUGAUGAGUUCCUUUUUGAAGAUAUUAUUCAGUCCCUUAGAGGUGGCACACACCCACCAAGAUCAUCUUGCCAUGUGCCUCUCAAAAAGCUAGAUUUGAGUUUUUCCAAAGACUCUGUACCACUACUUCAAGGCUUUGAUAGCAAAAGGAGGAGCAACAACUAAAAGGCAUUAAGCAUAGCAGUUAUUAU